GUGACAUUACAUGUUGUGUUGUGAAUUGUGAUUUUUCAAUUUCAUUUUGCAGUUUACAGAUUUUGACCAAUAGUAUUUUUCAAUUUUUAUUUUAAUCUCUUAAAAUAAACAAAAUACAAAUAUAUUUCGUUGUGCAAAUAACACAAUCAAAACUUACUGACAAUUUACUAUUCGAUACAUAAUAUCUGAAAUAAUAAAUAUGGAAAAGGAGCUGGACAAAGUGGUGGAAGAGAUCAUGUCCACACCUAACGUAGCUGGAUGUCUGGUGGCUGACCACCAGGGUCUUUGCCUGGCUUCUAAAGGCACCGCACACGUCGAUUCAGCUGGGCUUAUCGUGGCUAUAUCCGAGCAGGCGUGCAAAAUCGAGCCCAACUUGAAACCUCCCACCGUAUGCUUGGAGACUGAUAACAAACAAUGCCUCAUACAGAGGCACGGGACCAUCACUGGUGCCGUGUUUAAACAAAAAGGUGUAGCGUAAGAUGUGUAUGUUGUAUAUAAGUAAUAUAGUCAUAAUAUACAGAUAUUGUUAAUAAAAAUUGUGGAUACAGUGUAAAAUAAGGUAUUUUUUAUUCUUAUUAAACUGACCCAACAGCUGAGUUUGACACUUUUUAUGCCUGAAUUUAUUUUACAGUGAAGUAAGUAAAUUUGGUAGUAUUUCCAAAAAAUAAUUAUACUCUGGAGUGUCUAACAAUUGAACAUUGUUAAAGUCAAAAUCUGCUGAGGAUGUUUUAAGAAUGGUACUACUGGAACUGGGAGAUGUGGGUUUUUCAAAUUAAUAUCUGGUACUGCCUGAGCAAGAUACUCCGUUCAAGGUCCAAAAACCAAAGCAUGUUAUUUUGUGUACUACUUGAUUCUUGCUGCUUUAUUAAACUAAGAUGUUGUCAUCAUCUGAUAUUCUUUAUCCCACUCAAGUGAUCUUUACCCUUUUCCUUACCCCACAUAAGUAACCUAAGAUAUAAUUACAAAAAUGUCAGACCAGGCAAACAGGCACAAUUACAGACAAAUUGUGUCUUAUAUUUGUUAAGUACGGUAAUUUUGAAUAUAAUUCAUGUAAUCUUAUCUAAUUUAAAUAAUAAAUUAUAUGUUUAUGUUG